AGAACAGAUCCGCGAGUGGACGACUACUUAUUUCUGAAAGACCUCGCAAAAGAACACUGAAACUUCAAGACACUUCAAGAUUCCAGUCCAGAGAAAUAACUGAAGCUGAACUCUUAGACUGCGCUGAAAAUGGCUGUCAUGCUGAAACCCUGGACCGUCAUCGCUACCCUCCUCUUCUGCGUGCUCCUGUGUCUCGGGACAUUUGUGGACGCCUAUCCGCCCAAACCAGAGAAUCCCGGAGAUGACGCUCCUCCGGAGGAACUCGCCAAAUAUUACACCGCGCUGAGACACUACAUCAACCUCAUCACGAGACAACGGUAUGGAAAAAGGUCCACUUCGGAGGAUUUGAUGGCUGAGUUGCUGUUCGGAGAUGACACAGAGCACAAACAGAGAUCAAGAUAUGAAGACUCUUAUAUGUGGUGAAGUUCAGUGACCCCCGUGUCGCCUGUCCUGAGCUAAGCCCACAUGUGCCUCCCAUAGAAAACCUCCAGACAACUAUAUGAGAGCUAGUCACCAUCAGACAACCUCAUCCACCUCUUUAUUAAAUACAU